CAAUUAAAUAAUAAAGCAGUUAGCUAGGCUGACAGAAGUUGUGUUGAAUAGGGCUAUUGACCAGAGGUGCCCCUCAGAGGGGCAGGAGAAAGAUGGCAGAGAGUGGUUUUCGACAAUGGAUUCAAGACCCUAUCGUGAUCCCAGGCCAAAGGGAAGCUAUGAGCAGCAACACUCACAGAUCAUCAGGGGGUUCCUCACAACUCAAGCCAGCAAGUUCAAGGAAAAUUGCUUGGAACAAUGACAACAGCGAGUAUGAUGACAGCGCCACCUAUGCCUUCUCAACUGCCAAUGCUACUUCCAGCAGCGAGACCAUAAAGGCUCUAACAGAUGAUCAGAAGGAGAUCUUCAGCUACACGAAGGAAGACAGGAGAGAACAGAGCAUGACUGCGGGUUUGAGACAACUGAAGGACGUGACAGACAGACUGACAGUCCAAGAGAGACGGCGACAUACAGAUGGAAGACCUCCAGGAAUGGUGAGACAGAGGGAUAGAGAGAAGACAUCAGACAUGAGGAGACGUAAAAAUGAUAUAGAGGUGCAAGAUCUGGAAACUGAAGAGACCACAGGAACAGAACAUCUACUGGGGUGGCAGAGUGAGGAAGAGAAAGAAAUAUAUCAGUUGAAUGAGAGGAGGAACAAGAGCAGUUUGAGGGAAACUGAGGAACUGGCAUUUGAAGAACCUGAUCAGUCUAGGAUGCAACAGAAGAUGAAAGUGAAACGACUGAAAGAGCCAUGGGAAGACAGGCAGCGACAGACAGAGUUGGAACAAAUAAAAGCGCUGGAGAGAGAGGGGAAAUGGAGAGAAGGAGAGAGACUGAGAGAAGUAGAGAGUGAAGUGGAAAAAGAGGAAAUACAGAGAGAAAAAGAACGUCUGGAAGAGCUUGUGAUUGAAAGGAUGAGACUGAGACAAAUGGGGCAGCACACGCUGAUGAAAGAACAGAAAAAGGAGAAAUUGAGGGAAAGGAACCAAAACCGGGAGUGGAACGAGGGAGGCAGAGAGGCGAUAGAUGUCAGAAGAUUGGAAGAGAGGAGAAAGCUGUUAGAUGAGGCAGAGCAAGGAGAGGAGAGAUUUAGAGAGGUGGAAAGUGAAAUAGUGAGUGAAAGUGUACAAAAGUUCAGGAGACAGGUGAGGAGGCUGCUGGAAGAGAAACAAAGAGAAUCUGACCAAGAGGCAGAAAGGGAGAGAAAGAAAGAGGCCGAAAGACGAGAUCUCCUGGGAGAAGGUGAAACAGACUCACAAUGCCAGGAGGGAGAUAAGAUGGAAAGGCAGACAGACAUGCAAGAAGAAGGAGAGGAGAGAAGCUUGGACAUACACGAGGAUGACGGCCUCUCUCUGACAGAUGCAGAGGAGACAAGCGAGUACAGCAAAAACCUUGAGGAAGAUGAAAUCCCCUCUGAGUAUAAUGUUGAGGUUCCCCACAGAGAGAAGAGUGUGAGGGGAAGACUGAUUGGAUGGGUCAAUGACAAAAUGAAAGAGAGAUAUCACAGAAAGAUUGACAGAUCAAUCCAGAGGGAGACUCAAGAGGGGCAUGAAAUAUACGUUUCAGGCAAGUUCCAAAACCUCAGCUCAUUUAAAAAAAAAAAAACAGUUUAGAACUUUGAAUUUAAUUUUAUGAUGUAAUGUAACACCCGGGUAUUCCAGGGGAACUGUGUGCAUGCCCAUUUUCAAAAUGUAUUAUUAAAUACAUUUGUAUCAAUAAUGGAUAAUUGUUUUGGUUUAUGAAUCUUUGCAGGGUUUUUUGGCGGGCCUUCCUUGUCUUUGGGUAGGAUCUGCACCCGCGCUGAACGAGAGCAGGAGAAACGAGGCAAGCUCCUGAAGGCAGAGGCCACACGGCAGCUCGUGGAGUCUGAGUGGCUUCAGUGGGAGAGAGACCGGAAGGAGAAAAAAGAGGAGAGAAAGAACAGAGAGAAGGAGGAGAGGAGCCGCGCCCAGCUGGCCUGGAUUCUGCAGCAGAACGAGAAAGCCGACAGGAACCUGGAGCGCCACAACCACCAGAGGAACACCGGCGCCAACAAGCUCCCGAAGAAACAAAUGAUUGGCUGGGAUAGGAGGAUUUAGUGAGGUAGACCUCAUCCACACCCUACAACAGGGCAUCAUCUUACAACAUAUAAAG